GAGGACAUUGAGACGGGUCAUCCACUCGGUCGAAAUCAGGACUUGGACUUGACUUUGGGACUCGCCGCUCCGUCAUAACGGAACCCAACCCGGCCAUCGGUCCCUCCUCGUUAUAGUCACAGGCAUACUCCGUCUUGGUCGACGAACAUGGCAGAUGCCUUCCUGAACAGCCCGAGCAUGCAUAGCGAUCCAGACCUGGACCUGGACCUGGACCUGGACCUGGACCUGGAUCUCUCCGACCCCAAGUUCAGCCAUGACUCUAUUUCUGCUCAAUGGUUCGUCCCGCAGAGGCCAGACAGACCCGCCGAACAGUCUCCCACUCAAUUCCAAUCUUCAUCCCAGUCAACAACUUAUCCGGGCCAGCAACAGCAUCAACAAGCUCCCUGGUCGUGGUAUCGCGUCAAGAAAGACGAUGAACUCGACCCCAAUGCCUCGGAAACCAAUCUCGAGGCUUCCUUGUCGUGCCUCGAAAUACCCGUCCCAACGACCUUCCCCACCGCUUCCGAUGCAGCCAACCUCAGGACGAACCCUCAGAUCAUAAUAGAUGAGUUUGCCAAGGACGUUGAUGCGACCUGCCAAGCCUAUUCGGACAGCAACAGCAGGCUCGACGAGGAGCCGUCAACUAGCCCACACUUGUCGUACCCUUCUUAUAUUGGGCUUGGUAGCAGCAGCUCUCUCCAUGGCCCUGGCGCCGUCCCCUACUCUGCAUCGCACACUUUCCCCCGCGCCGACAGCCAGGCCAGCUCGCAAAUGCAUGAUGAGACGGCUUCCAUCGCCAAUAGCCCUUCUUCCAUCGGUGACGGCGCUCAUCACGACACGGCCGCCGACGCCCCCAGCUAUCUGGCAAGCCCUGUCACAAGCUUCUCAGACCGAUUGUAUUCCACCAGUGCUCCCCUGCUCCGAGGCCAUAUCGCGCCCCAGUCCCGACCGGGUACCAAGUGCCCCUGGUUGAGCAUUCAGUCGACGUCGACAAGCGAAAAGUCGAACGGGACAGCGGAUUCGCACCCGUUCUAUCCGGAUCAAGGGACCCAGCAGGCUCACCAGGCUCACCAGGCUCAUCGGAUUCGCCCACAACCAACACCACUGAACACACGGGAUGUGCCCAGGUCGGUCUCGCAGGAGAACCCCCCCUUUUCAAGUCUUUCCCACAAGAGCUCUUCCCAAGAAGAUGGCGGCGGUAUGUGGACGGGUCUUGCCGACACGUCCAUCCAACUGGGCCCCGCUCGUGAGCUCUUUGGAACAUUCAACUCGCCCCCACUUGGCUCGUUUGAUCACUCCCAGUCUUUCUCCCAACCAGUAUCGCCUACUGUUUCCAUGGCGGGGGGGCUGCCCAUGACCCGAGACUGGAGCACACAAAGCCAUUCGACCGCCGCUUCGCUUGAUGUCCCCGCGCCCAGGCACACCCACAACUACAGCACAGGAACGAAGCCCAUACCGAUCCUCAAUCAUCGCCCCAGGUCACGACGAACCUCUCAUCCCCGCAGCUUCCCCAUUGCUACAUCCCCGUUCAAGCUGGCAAGGCACGAAAGAGGGAAGCGUAGGGGCCCAAUGCAGGCAGAGGCGCGAGAUGCUGCUAGGAAGACGAGGCAGUCAAAGUCUAUAUGCAUUCGCUGCAAGCUUACCAGGCAGUCGUGUCAACGAACGGACGACGCCCCCGACGGCCCCUGUGCCAAUUGCGGGAAACUUUCGGUGAAUUCCAAGUGGCCAGGUCCGUGCAUCCGGGCCUGCUUCGACGACAUUGUUCUCUCAGGGGGGGUGGAUUUUAUGGCUCAACGGAUCGUUCAUCACAUUACUCCCGACGGCAUGAGGACCAUGCGUUGGAGACUGGCUGAGGCCUUUGACGUCGACGAACUGCUCCGGUUGCUGGACGAAGCACGUCCCCGGUUCAACGUGAGAAUCAAACAAGGGGCGCAGUCAGUGUACGUAUUGAAUCUCGACGAAUGCUUCGCGUACCUCAGUCGCGUCCACGAAGGACUCCAGAGUUCUGGGCACGAGCGCAAUCUGCGAAGGUUUCUCGACCAGGACAUGCUAAAUGGGGAGCCCAAGGGCCAUGAUUGGACGUCUCUGGUGCUCGACUGCAGCUUACAGUCUGACAAGCUACGGUUACUACCCCUGCUAGGGCAGAUGACGGGCCACGCCACAUUCUACUACGUCUCCAAGACGCAACGGGACGCGAGCGGGGCGCCACUCGAACGGAUGAUGGAUGCUACGUCGUUAACGGAAGCGACGUACGUGAAACUGGCGGCAUACCUCGUCCGCAUCGUCAACCGCAAAGCCGAGGUGGACGGCUUCACGCAGCUGAAAAGCCAGCUCUACGCAUCGUACUCGAGCGAGACGCCGGUCCACAGCCUGGUGGCCCUGCUCACGGGGCUAGGACGCAUCUUGACGGGGCUGCGAUGGCGGGUGAAUUGCUGCGGCCUCUUGGCCGGCGGCGACGAGAACACCACCACCACCACCAGCGGGGAAGACAGGGCCGAAGCGCUCGCGGAUCCCGGGCGCGGGUUGGAGCUGUGCCGGGUGCUGUAUUUUUAUUUUUACAGCGUGUGGCGUCGCAUCCUCUCCAGAGGUUUGGCCGAGGAUAGCGAAGAGCUGGUCGAUGGGGAGUGGACGCGGCACCCGGAGGCGACGGUGUGGGAUGCGUUCCCUGGGGUCAACGGGGAGGUCAGCGGGGAGAGUUUCCUGGGAUUCGACGUGUGGAUGGACCAGGGACGGCAGUCGGUGUGGCAGUCUGGGGCGGCGGAGAGGCUCCUGGGCGGUGCCAGGUCCUAAUCGGCGUCAUCCCAUCCUACCAUUUUUUCCCCCUCAUGAUAGACGACAAGGGAGCUUACGGGACAGGAAACGGUUAAAGAUAGAUUGCAUUUUGGGAGGAAUCAAUUGUUAGAGGGUUUACCUGGGGGAGUUUGGGACAGCUCGUGUGGUUUUUGUUUCUUCUUUUUGUUUCUUAUUCUUUGCUUUUUCUUCUUCUUACUUUUCGUCCUUAUUUUCCUUAUUUUUCUUUCUUUCUUUCUUUUCUUUUUGGCUCUAUGGAGAGCGAUUGGGUUGGCUGGGGCUGAAUGUAAAAUAUCACCAUGUCUUUAGACUAUGCACUGCCUGCCGAUAUUCGAUAUUCGAAGGGGCAUUGAGGAGUUGAACGUAAAAUG